GUUCAAGGACAGGCUGGAUAAGCACAUGGUAGGCAUGUCAUGAGCGGAGCCGGCUGGUGCCAGAGGUCGGACUAGAUGGCCCGGGAGGCCCCUUCUGACACUCAGUUUCUAAGGGCACCAGGAUACCCAUUGGAGGAUUGAACAACCAACACAAUAUAGCCUAUUCGCGGGGAGGUUUAGCCUGUGGACACACCCUAACAUCAUGGCGGAAUCCAGGACAGGGCAGGAUCGGUUCUGCUUUUGUUCCCCGCUUCCUAACAUUAAAAACAGUGGGGACGGAGGGCAGGGCCAGGAAGUGGGGCAGGGCCAUCUCAGCUGACUCUCUGUGUCACUCCUCCCACCGGAAAGCUACUGCUGGUUCAAACCACCGCUUGGCAGAGGGUUGGGGACUUUAAAUUUGGGAAGUGGCAUGGAAAAGGAAGAGUGAACACAUGGCCUUGCUCCUAUUUAUUUCCCUUGACUGCUUUUAGCUUAAAAAGCAAAAGCUGGGAGGUCUCUGGGGGUUUUUCCAGAUGGUAGGGAGAGAAUAGAAGGGUGCACAUGUUAGAUGCUAGCAAGCAGAGCCCGAGGCAUGUGGAUUCUGCGCUUACAGAGUAUGGGAAGGUGAGAUGAGAUCUUGGUGCCAGGUUACGACUUCCACCAGGCAACAUAGGAUGAGGCUUUUAAUGAGUUUCAGGGUCUACUGUGGAUUAUUUAGCAUUGGUGUACUUCUGGUUUUAAAUGAUGUGAUUAUGCUACAUUUUUAAGGUUUCAUUUGGUAAACCUCCUGGAGAGCUUUGGUUAAAGGGUGGAAGAGAAAUACACCGCAUGGGAUCAAUGAAAAGGGGUGUUCAUAAUAGCAAGUGGACGCAUUUCUGUCUAAGUAAGGGGGAGCUGCAGUCGACAAAGUUCUAAUUUCUCAUCUGUCAUGAAUUCCAUGGCAGGUUUGCUCCUAAAUAUGCAAAAGGGACGUUUGCAUAAAUAGCCAGCCAUGAAAGCCCCGUUUAUUCAGUUACUGCCGUCAGUGGCCUUGCAGAAACCAAUUAAGCAUGGAAAGAUCCAGAAUACAUCUUUCGUUCGACUGAGUCCUAUUGUGGCCGCACAUUUUCGAGGGAUAAAUUCUAUGUUCCGCUUAGAACUUAGGAAUGUGAGAGAAGCCCUACUGGAUCGCCCAAGCUCUGUCUCACCCGGCACUUCAUGCGGACGGUGGCAGAUCCCCCGCAGGAUCCGUCCAGCAGGAUGGGGGCCGGAGUCCACCUGGCCAAGCCCCUCAGCCGUGAAGGUGCAGGAGGCAGCCCAUGGCCAGCAGGGCCAGUGGCCACAGAGCACUUCCUCCGUCAUGCACCUGCCCAGUCCUCUUUUAAAGCUGUCCAGAUUGGUGGCCAUUGCAGCAAAUUCCACAAAUUUACUUUAUCUGGUGUGAAGAAUCCCGGCCUUCCUCUGCCUAGAACCUCCCACCAAUCAGCCUCAUGGGAUGAGCCCGGGUUCAAGUGUUAUCAGAGAGGGAAAAGGUGUCUCCCCCUCCACUUUCUCCACGCCAUUCAUUACGUUUCGCCCCUUAUCCUGUCUCCCCUUGCUCGCCUUUUUUCUAAGCCAGACAGUCCUAGUUCUUCUGCCCAUUUCCCAAAGGGGGGCUGCUUUAGCCGCCCAGUCAUUUUGGUUGCCCUUCUCUGUCCUUUUCCAGCUCAACCGUCUCCUUUUCCAGGUAAGGAGACCAGAGCAGAGCAUCGAGAGGCCCUCCUGGCGCCGACACGUCUUUCCUCUCGGCGUCAGGCAAAACCCUUUUUAUUCUCCCAUCAUUUUCAUUGUUAACUUGUUUCAUUUAGUGGGCUUAUAUUUUAUGAGAUGCUGGGCAAAUGUUAUUCUUAUUUCUGUUUUUAGGAUUAACUGGCUGUAAGCCAUCCCGAGACGUCUAAGUGUGGGGCAGUAUAGCAAAGUUUUAAGUAAAUAAAUAAUAAUAAGCGAGAGACUGCACGUGUGGUCGCAUCAAAGCUUUGCAUCUGGGAAGAUCUGGCAGUCCCGCUUUCUGUGCUGUUCCUAUUAGGCCUGGCACGGAGGUUGCCUUCUUCCCUUUCAUUGGGGUGUCCGCUAGCACCCCAAGAGCUUCCUUGCUCAGUCACCGCUAGCUCAGCUCUCAUCAACAAACACCUGCAGUUGGAUUUUUUUGCCCCAACUGGCAUGACUUCACCCUUGCUGAUACUGCACUGCCUUUGCUCCUUCACCCCGUACGCCUAAUUCCAGAUUAUUUAAGUUGAAAAGCCUCAAAGUGUAUUAGUGUCUGAAGUGCCACAGGACUGCUUGUUAAAUGUUUGCUCUGUGUCUCCCAGUUUCGAGUUACCCAUCCAGACCUUCCCUCAUGCUUCAGAUAUACUUUCCUUGAAAGGAGGAAGCUACCCUGGAUACUGCUGAAAGAUUGUGCCUAUCACACACUUUAUGGGUGGCUGGGGAUUUUAAAAAAUGCCAAAAGCCUGGCAUCCACACCCGCACCUGUACCAACUACAAACAAACAGACCCUGUGAAAAGUUUGCCCUGAAAUUUCCUCCGGGCCUGGGAAACGGGAAACAGAAUCUCUCCCUGAAAAUGUGUGGCAACAAUGAGCUCUAAUCCCGAAUCCUUGAAACAUUAUGCCAGAAUAAACAUGUUAGCUUUUAAGGGGAAACGAGCCUCUUUAUUGUUUCUCUUGCAGCAGAAUAUUUCUGGAAAAUGGUAACAUUUUCAAUGGUCCCAUUUCAAGAGAGAAGAUGAAUUCAUCUUGCCAUGCAGUGUCAGUAUAUGAGAGAUCUCUUUGGACAGAACAAAGGGACUUGAGAAGAUGUGGCGUCUAAGACGUCUCCCACUUCCUGCACCUUCUGCAUAUGAGUUAGUCCAAAUGUUACCUGCCUCGUGCAGAGCAGAGAGAAAGCUUUUCCUCAAAAACGGUUCUGGACGCAAGUGGCAUUAUCCAAAUGUUUCCUGCUUCACACUCACCUCCAGAUGUUUAUAGCAUCUUCUUUCAGUGUCCGCCAGCAAGUGGACUGCUUUCCCCUGGAAGUAACCCUCUUCCUGCUUAUCUCUGUCCUUCCAGAUAGUUCUGUUGACACAGGAAACAGGAGUGACUUGUGGGCAGGGAUUUGGCCACAAAGCAUUACUGCCUUUUCCAGGGCUCCAGUUUCUGCAUUCUCAAGGGACCCUUUCGAGAGUAACCUAGGGACAGGAAGUGCGGUGUGUCAGAGAAACAGAGCUUCUUGCGGACAUUUUUCAGCAAACAAAAGGAGGCUGUAACUCAAACUGUGGCAUGGAACAAGGGAAUAUGGCUCUACGGCCCAUCUGCUCAGUGAUCCAAAGAGAAGCAGCACUCAUGGGUGGAACUCCCCAGUGGUGCAAAGUAAAAAUAUUCUUUUCUGCAAGAGUUAAGCACUUCUCAGUUCAAUGUUGGUGGGGCAACCGUGGCCAGUUAAAAUUGCUUUGGUUGUUGGAUCCACCAGUUGGCCAGAUGGUUGCUAAGUACAACCUGCGUGACCCAUAGUAAAAACUUGUGUCUAUAGUUCUGCCUGGUUGUCUGUUCUGAACUUCUUAAACUGUAACUCGAUUAUUUAAAAGGACCGUCUUUCAUUUCAGCCAUGGAAGAAUUAAUAGUCGAACUGCAGCUGUUUCUUCAGCUCCUGGAUCAUGAGUACCUGACAACCACAGUCAGGGAGAAAAAGGCAGUUUUAAAUAACAUUCUUCUGAGAAUCCAGUCCUCAAAAGACUUCGAGAUCAAAGAAAAUGCUCAGAAACAGGACGCUGCCAGUGGCUUGCCUGCUCCACCCCAGAUGCCUCUGCCCGAAAUCCCUCAGCAGUGGCUGCCACCGGAUAACAGUGCUCCGCCACUGCCUUCCUCUUCUCUUCCAGAAGGCUAUUAUGAAGAGGCCGUGCCUCUCAGUCCUGGAAAGGCGCCCGAAUAUAUUACAUCCAAUUACGAUUCUGAUGCCAUGAGCAGUUCUUACGAAUCUUACGAUGAAGAGGAUGAGGAUGGGAAAGGGAAGAAAAUGCGGCAUCAGUGGCCUUCCGAGGAAGCUUCCAUGGACCUCGUCAAGGACGCCAAGAUCUGUGCCUUCCUUCUGAGAAAGAAGCGAUUUGGACAGUGGAGCAAAGUCCUCUGUGUGAUCAAGGAAAACAAGCUCCUGUGCUAUAAAAGUUCCAAGGACCAGCAGCCCCUGAUGGAGUUGCUGUUGACGGGCUGCAGCAUCACCUACGUCCCCAAAGACGGUAAGAAGAAGAAGCACGAGCUGAAAAUCGCCCAGCAAGGCCAGGAUGCUCUCGUUCUCGCCGUGCAGAGCAAGGCGCAGGCUGAUCAGUGGCUGAAGGUCGUCAAGGAAGUGUGCAGCAACUGUGUUGGGACUCCCGAUUUGGACGGGGCCUCAUCGAAUCCUCCCGUGCACAAGGCGGAGGUGGAAAAGAAACUGUCCUCGGAAAGACCGAGUUCUGAUGGGGAGGGUACUGUGGAAAAUGGAGUCACUGCCAUCUGCAAUGGAAAAGAACAAGUGAAGAGGAAAACAAGCUCGAAGGGGGACUCCAAGGGCACUGUCUCCAAAGUAACGGGGAAGAAAAUAACGAAGAUAAUCGGCUUAGGAAAGAAAAAGCCCUCCACAGAUGAGCAGACCUCAUCAGCUGAAGAAGAUAUCCCAACGUGUGGGUAUCUUAACGUGCUGUCCAAUAACCGUUGGCGGGAGCGCUGGUGCAGAGUAAAGGACAACAAGCUCAUCUUCCACAAAGACAGGACGGAUCUAAAGACCCACAUUGUCUCCAUUCCUCUCCGUGGCUGUGAAGUUAUUCCGGGAUUGGACUCCAAGCAUCCCCUGACGUUCCGUCUGCUUCGCAAUGCACAGGAGGUCGCGGUGCUAGAGGCGUCGUCUUCGGAAGACAUGGGCAGGUGGAUUGGGAUCCUGCUGGCCGAGAGCGGCUCCUCGGCGGAUCCCGGCAUGCUGCAUUACGACUACAUCGACGUGCACGUGACGGCGAGCGUCAUCCAAGCUGCCAAGCAGACCUUCUGUUUCAUGAGCAGACGAGGUCUCUCUACUAAUGCCUACCGAGGAAGCGCUGCCAAUGGCUAUGCAUGUCCCACUGGAAUGGCCCUUCACUACGAGGACGUUCCUUGCAUAAAUGGAUCAGUAAGAAUCGAUUUUUGUUGGGAAUCAGAAGAUGGCUUUCCCGCUCGUAGCAGAAAUGCAGGAGAAGAUGGGCUUUAUGAUAACAUGGGCCUGUACGAUAACUUGCCAUCUCCGAAAAUCUUUGCCCGCUACCCACCGGCAGACAGAAAAACCAAUAGGUUACCUACUGACAAACCUUCCUCUAACCAUUAUAAACACCCUCUCUCCUCCAACCUGUCCUCCGCUCAGUCUGUCACUAAUACCUCUGCUAUGGGGAAGGGUUCUGUAUCACAGUUUAAAGGAAAGAAGGCCUCCUCUGCUGCCAAUGGAGUUAUGGGAAAAGGCAGAAUGCUAAACAAUCCACAGAAGAAAUCAGAAUUUGCUUCCAGUGUGAAACGCAGCACAUCUAAUGCGGACCAGUACAAAUAUGGCAAAAACCGUGUCGAAGCAGAUGCAAAGAGGUUGCAGACCAAAGAGGAGGAGCUGUUACGGAAAAAGGAAACCUUGAGGAAUCGCUUGGCUCAGCUCCGAAAGGAAAGGAAGGACCUUCGAGCAGUCCUGGAAGCGAAUUCGGGCAGGAAGCCCCUUCUUGUUCUGGAGGACAAAUUAAAGAAGCUGGAAGACGAAUGCAAACUGAAGGAGUCGGAGCGUGUCGCUCUGGAGCUGGAGCUGACGGAGGUGCAAGGGAACCUGAAGACAGCGCUGGCUGGCGGCAUCGCCCUGGGACUGGCCAUCGAGCCCAGGCCGGGAACCUGUGCGGCUCAGUCUCCAGUGCUGAAGCAUCCGAUGCUGGAGAGCUCUCCCAUUUCCAGCUGCGACACGAGCGAUGCAGAAUGCUCUGUGCCCAUCAACAGCGCCGUUGUGCUGAAAAGACACUCCUCCGUCAACAGUUCCCCAUGCAGGGGCCAUGUGCUCCAGAAGGCCAAGGAAUGGGAGAUGAAAAAUGGGACAUAGGAGCGGCAAAGCACCGUUGGCCCUGCGUUUGAAGGCUCCGUUGAUUGUGGCUCAAGACAGACAGACAUUCAUCUGCACAGUGAUACGAAGGUUAAUAGUCAGUAAGUUUAAUGCAGCCAAGAGAGGGGCCAUUUCGAAUGUGUCGUUUUUAUUACAGCAGCAUUUAAUCUGGGAUACUAGAAAUAUAAUCAGAACCGUUUCAAUGAUCGCGUAGCUGGAUCGGCAAAAGUGAGUGCUAGAGCUUGUGUUAGAUGGAAGUGGAGACCGGCAUAUUUCAGUUCCCAAAUAGUUGUAGGUAAAUUUAAUCUUGGGGGCUGAAAUCAAAGGCUGGGUCCCUGCAGAGCUCGCCGGAUAAAUGUAGGGAUUGGCAAGACUGGCGUUCAUGCGGCCCUUGACGCCUCCGCUAGAAGAGCGAGAGGCAGUGCCUGUGGCUCAGUCAAAGCCCCACCGUUUUCCCACGGGGAGCAGAACUGGAGAGGAACCGACGCAACCGGGAGUUUGCCGUGCUGCUUACGCGAAGAUCCCUUCCACUCGUCUCUGGCAGGAGCUGCCGUUGUUUUUUAAAACCCUUCUUUUUAAGAUGUUGCUUUUAUUUAUUUUUUUCCCAAAUGGUACGCCGUGUUUCAAAGCAACAAGAGAAACAUGCAACGGAACAAUAAACAGACGAUAAGUCUCCUUCAGAUUACUCUCCGGUAUAACAAAGUUCUUGAGGGAAAAAAAAUCCGGAACGGCCAAAAAGAUCAAAUCAAGCACCCUUCAGAAACAUUCCAGUGGAAGAGUGCAACGCUGAUCGAAGCAAGAAGUCUCACCUUCCGGUUUUGCACGUCCCGCCGUCUCUCUCACAGCCGGAAGGCAAUGUUGCUUCAUCCACGAUGAAUGCCUGGAGCACCUGGAAGCUGAUGUUCCGCCUGUUGCCUUCCAUGAUUUCUGUUAAAAGAUUAUAUUUGUGUCCCUGUUUAUUUUUUUAAUUCGUUUUAUUUUUAAGGGAACACUGUAAUGUUUAUUUUUCUAACUUUUUAUAAAGUUUCUCUUUCUGCUGUAUCACAGUGGCGGCGAACGUGAGCCAAAGAAGUCCCUCGUUGAAACUCGCUUGGGAACUCUUUGGUGGCCGAAGGCACGCCACGGUCUCUUAUCCUCGGCGUCCACACUGCAGUAUGGGGAUAAUCUUAAUCCUGGCUUACCUUGCAGGGUCGCUGAGAGGAUGACUGAGAUGAUGUAUGUGAAGCGCUUGAAUGCUUGAAACAGGCUCUGCAGAGUUUCUGCACCGGCCCUUUGCAGCGCCCGAAGAAGCAGGCAAGUAGCAUUGGAUGCUCUUGGUUGCCGUGACGCUGGCUGGAUGGCUGCACCAGAGAGGCGGCGCUCAUCCUCGCACCUGGGCUGAUCCUGCCCGACGGGCAGAGAGUCGAUGCCGGGCAGGAGGAGUCUGGCUGGAGGACGGUUCCCUGCCAUUCCAUCGCUCCUUCCCAGGUCCGCUUCUUUUGCAAGAGCCGAGAAGCGGGACCGGGCUGCAGCGUGGUCCAUCAGGACGGGCCAGGUUCUUGCAUCCUCUGCCCUCUCCCUUGCAGAGCCGGGGCCCAUGGCAGGAGCGGCGGUUCCUGGACCACACGUGCCUCUCGCCACCCUUGGGUGAGCCCAGCUCAAGAGGCAAGGCUGUGGGAGCGUCUCCCUCCGCCUGCGGCUCGGCAGGGCGUGUCCCGGCUUCCCCCGGCCGCUUUCGGCCUCUGGAGCUGGGCUCGGGGCAGCCGGGUCGGAGGCACUCUGGUCGCAGCGAUCUCCGCGCGGGAGAGCGCUCGCAGUUUGCAGGGUGGCCCUCUGCAGCAGCUUGGUAGGGGGGCCUCGAGUCCCUCCAAGGCCCCAGUGCCCUACAGCCCUCACAAGCCUUGCAGCCUCUGCUGGUCGCUGUCCUCUUUUCAGCUGGACACCUUUUCAGCUGGACACCUUUUCAGCUGGACACCUUUCAGCUUUUUCAGCUGGACAUUGGCAGGGUGGCCGCUUGCUCUGCCCCCAGUCGGCCGGCCGCAGAGGAUGGGCUCAACACGGCGGUUCUGCAGAACCAGCCAACAAGCGCCGGCGUGUCCAGUUUUGGGAAAUGCUUCAGCACCCCUUUAGCGAAGGACGUCUCCGUGCGGGCCGGCUGUCUUGGGUUGUGCGAUGUGGGGAAGCCCACGCUGAGCGGCGAGCUUCGCAUUCGCUCCUCUCGCUCGGCGGCCGGACGAGCAUCGCUCCUCCUCGGGUCUUGCUUCCUCACGUCCUCCAGAGAGGAUCGCUGGCGAAGGUGCCGCCGAGCUGAGCCGGGCAUGUAGAGUUUUUGUCGCUCUUGCAUCUGCCCACACCGCCCCUCCUGGAGCUCGCUCGCUCGCCCUCGCUGCUUACGCUUGGGAUGUCCUGCACUGGACUGCAACGGGCUGUUUCCACUCGAGUCUAGAGGGGCGGAGGGGCGGUCCUAGAUCCUCCAAGUGGGUGGGGGGGGAGACAAGCAUUUGUCCAUGGAGAGGCCCCUGCAGACGGAGUCAUAUGAUGGGAUGGAGGGCAGGAACUCUGCAGCGAAGUGAACCAGCAGCAGACUGGUAACCCAGAACGAUUAUUCUGCAUUUCAGAAAAGCGUGGGCAGGCAAGAUGCUCUGGGGCGUAUGAAUUGGGGUGGCGAUAGAGCCAUAUUCAUCUUGUUUCCGUUGUCACCUGGUUUUCACAGCAGAUCCGCAGGGGUGUUGUCGUUAUUUCUGAGCUGUGCAGAAAUAUCAGUAUCUUACAAACUGUCACUGCAAGGAAGCUUAUGCUCAAGUUGUUUGGUUUGGGCAAAUUAUUUUAAACUAAUUUAUUUGUAUAUUUCAUUAAAUGUUUAAUUUAUCGAUGUACGUAUUUAUGAAGUAUGCUAGUCUUUUGGUCGAUUCAUGUUUAAUGAGGAAGCUGUUUCUGUUAUGCUUUUGAAUGGAUCACACAAUAUGUAUCCAUGAACAGACAGAUAAGAAUGGCUUUACCAGUUAUGUGCAAUUUUAAUUUUUCCUUGUGAAAAUGAUUUUGAGCAAAAGGCAUAUUUUAAGUUGAGUUGGUACCUCUUCAUCCCUUUCCAUAGGCUGGCAAAUUCUAGUAAACACAGGUCCAAGACAGAUUGCACAUAGCUAGAGGAAUAAGCUUGCCAUGUGUCUGCAGAUGCUCCCUUCAGGAGAAAUCCAAAAUAUUCUCCCACAUUCUUUUCAGCAUCAAAUUAAAAAGUUCCUAUUUGUCCAGGCACUUUGAGGCAAAAUCUUAAAGUCUGAAAUUGAAGUACCUUUACAAUCAGAAAUCAGUAGCUGUUUUAUUUUCUGGCUUUAUAACUUUUCUCUCUUUUUAAACUUUGCAAUCCUAUUGUUUUUAUCAUUCUCUGUACACUGCUCUGGGACCACUUCUUGGUGAUCAAAGAGUAGCAAAAAAUGUUUUCAGUGAAUAAAUACAAGCGAGCGACGUGCUGAAGCAGCUGGCUAGAGAAGAGCUCUUCCAGCAUCCUUCAAGUCGCCUCCGCAAUUGAUUAGCUGGUGCUUUUGGUAAUGACUAAAGUACUUCUCCCUCCCUCUCAUUAUCCCCUUUUUUAAGAACAGCUCCAAGCGUUUCCUUUGAAAAUGGGUAAACCUGAGUUUGGCAGUGUGCGUAUGGGAGGGGGGGCUGCAUAAAUAGGCACACGCAUUUUUUUAAGAUGCUGAGAUGACAGAAACUGCAUGUGUUAGUUGGGAAGAGCAGUGAGAGGAUGAUGCAGCAGAGAGAAUACGGCUCGUUCCUGGGUCUGUCAGAACUGAGAGUCCGUGUGACGCGAAUCCUUCCUGCAGCCCAGCCUUUCCCAGACGUGCCGGACAGCUGCAUCCAUGUUGCCAGCACCCAAAUAAUGCCGGUAGUGCGCAUGCAUGAGCGUGCAAACACUUCCCGAAAGGAGCGCUCACACAGGCCACAUUAAAGGCGGCGAAAGCUUGCAUCUGUGCUCAGCCUGUCGCAUUUUGGCACCGCGCCGCCUCGCCCAGAAAGCUUGUUUACAUGUCUCCUUGUGAGCGACCUCCUUGACCUAAGCCUGAGGGAAGGGUUUGCACAACCAUGGGCUGCUUGCACAAUCAUCUGAAGGGAUUUUGGAAAACGCCGUUCUGUGUCCUUUUGCACACCCAAGAAAUGGAGCACAGGCUGGGGCUGGGCAGACGGGGGAAGGCCGAGUGCCCGGUGAACGGAGACUGCCGAAGACGUGCCGAGCCCUCGUGCCACCGUCCUUCCGCGGCCCCCGCUUGUCCCCGUGCAGCUUGGCUGCAUCCGUCCCUGAGGAGGGGAAGGCAUUCCAGAGCACAGGGGUGCCAAGGCCACAGCUGUGGAGAGGAGCAAAGCCACCCUCCUCCGCCUGAGGCCAGCUCCAAGGAUGCUAUGGAGGGAACCUGGUUCCAGACCCUUCCCCCAAGCCUUGCCCAAACGAGCACUCGGGUGGCAGGCUUGGGAAAGGGGAAUGGGAGGCCCUCUUCCUCGUCUGCCACCUGGACCAUUUCUGCCUUGGGCGCGGGUUGAGGGAAAGACGGAGCCAGCCCCGCACGCAACCUGCUCCAUGAGGCCCAGGCAGAAAUCUGGGUCCAGGUGAUGAGGAGGGGCAUCUGCGCUCACUGCAGCAGCAAUGCAUCUCGGGCUCGCACUGGAGGACGUGCCGUCUUUGCCUCCCCUUCGGGGCUUGGGGUUUGCAGUAGGUUUCGGUUUUGCUCUGGGGACUGCCAGCCCUUCAAAACCAAGCUUUGCCUCCCUUCCUGAUUUGUCGGCCAUGAGAAGGAAGCCGGGUGCUCCUUCCCCGUUUCUGGAGGAGUCAGCCCCAUCACCUUCACAGGCACCAUGGCAGAUGCCAAGGGGCAAAGCAGCGGGGUGGGAAAAGCUGCAUCUUGGUCCCCCUUCCUCUUCCAUUUCACAGGCCUUGAACAUGCCUUUGGUUAGCUAAUAAGAGGACUUUUAUGAAGCAAUUUAUCAGGUUGUUUUGAUAACACAGUUCCCCAUUUCUUAAAAAAGUGUUUUAUAGACAUUGCAUUUAUACCUUUGUGAAGGAAAUUUUUACAGGUGCAAGUUUCUACAUUAAACUACAAGUCAGGAAUGUUGGGGUUCUUUUUACGGAUGUUGCAUUUGGUAUCAUGUACCUGGGAAACCGAUAGCCUUUUCAAGUGACAACGUAUUACUUGGAGCACCAAGAGGGUUAAAAAAAAUCAGUGUUUUAGUAGUUUUGUAUCGGUCUUUCACUAUUAGUAGACCUACUAAUGAAUCUUGGCUGUCCGGCCUCAGAUACGCUCCUUGGCUAAUUAUCUUAUUUUCACAGACGAGAUCACGUUUCACAUUUCAGUGAAAAAGAACACAGACACAACCUCCCACCUGUUUUGUUUUGUAAGCUCAUGGUACAUUCAUGUAAUGUUUCCUGUAUUGUAUUUUGCAUUUUAUUUCUUUGGUAUCUUUCCAUCCAAGCUGCUGCUGGACUUGGUGGACCUUGCCAACAACGCAAUUUGCAACUUCUGAUCUCUGCGGUUUUUGUUUUUAAAGCCCAAAUGGGAAAAAAGGCUCAUGUUAGCAUUGAUUUAAAUGUUAGCAUUGAUUUAAAUGUUUACCUUUCUGUUCCAGAAAGUACUAUGACAGGCACCUAAUUGGUGUAACAUUAAUUCACAUUAUUAAUAAAGAUAUCCUGUGAAAGGGCA